AUGGGCAAGGACAUCGACGAGCUAGCCGAGGAUGUAGAGUCAAAAUUGUUUGUACCAGAUCAAGAUCGGCACAGUAUUCAGGCAUCUGUUAGCAAACAGGAUACAGGAGUAAAUGGAAAAGGUCCCCAUGAUGCCUAUCGUCAUAGAUUGACAGACAUAGAAGAGCUUCAACAAGUUCUUUCCGAAGCUCCAUACGACGUAGAUGUUCGCAUCCGACUAGCACACGCCUACAAGCGUCUUGGAUAUCCCGAUCUUGCAGUUGGCGAAGCUUACAAAGCCUUGCUUCUCAUAGAUGAAGUUUUAGAGGAAGGCGGCGAGUACCAUGAAGAAGCAUUAGAAGCCGCAUCCUCGAGCAUCAGAAGCUUAAUCAAACAUGGUAUAACUCCGGAUUCUAGUCACAGCAAUGGCCACCAGCAUGGCCUGUCUGGUGCCCAGGCGUUACAAUCAUCAGAUAAUCCUGUAGUCACUGAUGAAGACGUCGUAGUUUGGGCGAAAACCUAUUGGUCUAGAGCUUCGUAA